AUGACGGGACAGUUGAAGAUGUCCGGAGUCUGCACUUUACUGGCACUUUCCAGGCUUCUGAAGCCCCCACGGGCGGGACGACAGACGCACGAGACCCAAUGUGGUGGCAUUCGGUGCAGAACACGACCAACUAACCCGUCCGGUGUGUGUUCGUGUAAGGGUCUGGGCUUUGCGGCUUGCGCUCCGAGACAGAGCUCGUUCCACACGUCACCUCCUGCAAAGCGUGGUGGCAGACAUACCGUGACCCUAAUUCCAGGAGACGGUAUUGGACCUGAACUACUCAAUCAUGUGCGUGACCUUUUCAGUUUCAGCCGUGUGCCUGUGGACUUUGAGGUGGUACACGUAAACUCUGCCCUGACCAGCGAGGACGACAUCAACAAUGCCAUUACUGCCAUCAGGCGCAAUGGUGUUGCGCUUAAGGGCAACAUGGAAACCAACCAUAAUAUGCCCCCCUCCUACAAAUCCAGGAACAACUUACUUCGCGUGACCCUUGACCUCUAUGCUAAUGUGAUGCAUUGUCGGUCCCUCUCUGGGGUGAGAACUCGGCACAGAAAUGUCGACAUUAUUAUCGUCAGAGAGAACACCGAGGGCGAAUAUAGCAGCCUGGAACAUGAGAGUGUGUCCGGAGUGGUAGAGUGUCUGAAAAUCAUCACUCGAGACAAGUCCCUGCGAAUCGCCGACUAUGCUUUCCAGUUGGCCAGGAAGAAAGGGAGACACAGCGUUACAGCUGUACACAAGGCCAACAUCAUGAAGCUAGGAGAUGGGUUAUUCCUGCAAUGCUGCAAAGAGGUGGCAUCAGGCUAUCCCGACAUAACGUUUGACAGCAUGAUUGUUGACAACACCACCAUGCAGCUUGUUUCUAAGCCCCAGCAGUUUGAUGUGAUGGUGAUGCCCAACCUGUAUGGAAAUGUGGUCAGCAAUGUGUGUGCAGGCCUGGUGGGAGGUCCAGGCCUUGUGCCAGGGGCUAACUACGGCAAAGACUACGCUGUCUUUGAAACAGGAACCAGGAACACGGGAAAAAGUAUUGCAGGCAAGAACAUUGCUAACCCUACUGCCAUGCUGCUGGCUAGCUGUAUGAUGCUGGACCAUCUUGGACUGCACGCAUAUGCCAGUAUGAUCCGAAGUGCAGUCCUCCUCACCAUGAACAAAACGCAGCUGCACACAGCUGAUAUUGGGGGCCAGUGCACCACUUCAGAGAUCAUCCAGAGCAUCAGGAGGGAGAUUCAGAGCAGCAGCCCCCACAUUACAGGCAGUAUUGAGUGCUGAAUGGUACCAUGCUUUGCAAAAUUGCAAAGGUCAUUGUAUUGAGCGCUGCCCAACACAAAGAUAAACCUGACCAUUGCUCUGCACACUUUUUGAUACUGAACACUGCUUCAUGUACAGGUAGCACUGACCAAUAUACCAAAUACUUUCCAACGCACUCAACGUUGAAAAACAUUCAACACAAGCAACUCUCCUCAGUAUGCAACAUAUGAAUAACAUAUGUUACUAUAGUAAUCCCUGCUCAACACACAAAACACUAAUCAUUGUACUGUGUAAUGCUCCAC